AUGUCCGAUAUCCAGCUGUACUUGUUCGAGUUCUCCAGGAACAAGGACGAGGCGGCACGGAUUGCGACCCAGACAGCCGAGCGCCUGGAGAGCAAGCAGCUCAAGCUUCUCGAGUUGGUAGAGUCUCUGGGCGAAUUCCUCAACAACGAUGACGGGCCCACGAGAGCGAAGGCCAUGGCCUACCUCGCCGACGUCCUCUCGGCUACCCCGUCCAAGGCCUUCACCCGCCAACACAGAAAUCUCCUGUGCGACUUCAUACUGUCCCGUAUAGCCGACGACAAUGAGGGUAUUGGCUCGUCAGCCAAGGCCCUCAUGGCUCUGGAAGAGCGUGGGGCCUGGGAGAAGGAGAGAGCUGCCACCGUGCUUUCUUCUCUUGUAGACCAUACUCAUCCGCUGCGCCAAUUCAAGCUCCAGAGCGAACGUUAUUCCGUCUUGCGGCUAAUCGAUAUGCUUGUGGCCAAGUACAGAGAAGCGGUACGCAGCGUGCAUGAGACUACGCCGGGUUUCCUUUCGCGCUUCAUUUCCUACUUUGAUGGAGAGAAGGAUCCUCGUAACUUGAUGGUUGCCUUUUCGAUCCUUAAGGUACCCAUGACGGAAUGGACCAUUGGUGCAGAUGCUCAGGACUUGUUCGAUGCCGUCUUUAAUUACUUCCCAAUCACAUUCAGGCCUCCACCGGAUGAUCCUUAUGGAAUUACUGCCCAGCACCUAAAGGACCGUCUGCGGGAGUGUAUCUCAUCCACUGCAGAUUUUGCUCCUUAUGCUUUUCCUGCUCUCCUUGACAAACUUGACUCCACAUCAAUCAAUACGAAGAGAGACGUCCUUCAAACUCUGACCGCGUGCAUUCAAGAUUACGGGCCCCGUACCGUUUCCUUGUACGCUGUGACUCUAUGGGAUGCUCUGAAGUUUGAGAUCCUAAGCGCGCAGGAAGAGGAUCUUGCAGAAGAGGCUUUGAAGGGCCUUGCAGAGAUCGCAAGACAGCUGACACAGAACACGGCCGGUUCACUGCAUGCCUACCUGAAGCCGAUUACGAAAGAGUGCAAUGAACAUCUUGAAGAUGCGCCAACCAAACAGUCGGCAGCUUCAGGGAAGAUAUUGCAUGCUAUCGCUAAGGUGUCUCCGGAAGUCGAAGACUCGAUACUUGGCGCAGUUCUGCCGAAUAUUUUCACUCUUUACCAGACCAGCGACACCAUGGCAAAGAGGAGAGGUCUUAUAGAGGUCCUUGCCCAGCUCGUUAGGGCCGAUAUCGCUGUUUAUGGUGAAUGGCGGCUUGUUGACAGCGAGGUUGUCCAGCCUGGUCCCCGGACGUCCGACAAUGCUCUUCUGAAAUUCCGCGAUCAAGCCUUAGAGGUUAUGAGCAAUGGCCUCGCGACAGCACCAACUAAGGAGGUCUCCUUCCGCUUGGCGGCGCUCGAUGGCCUCUUGCAGCUUGCUAAGGCUAGACUUAUCUUGGAUGACGACGACAUCGCCAAGGUAAUUUCCGUAUUCCACAACAUCGUUAUCUCUGAGGAGUCAUACGGAAAGGACGAAGUCAAAGCGGCGGCAAUUGCUGGGUUGGUUGAUAUUGCGCACCAAAAACCUCAACUGGUGAUCGACAAAGCUUUCCCUGCCUUCAUGGCAGAAUUGCCAGACAAGGACGUCGAGGGGUCAGAUUCGUAUGCUCCUGUACUCGAAGCAUUCGCAAAACUCGCUACGGAGGAGCAGAUUUUCUCGACUGUGGUGUUGCGGCUGAAGAACAAGUGCAAUGUAGCGAUCCAGCAAGGCGCUUCAGAUGGAUACAUUAUCGCGCUUCUCUCUGCAAAACUGUUUGCAUUCUCGAAGGGAGCAGUCAAGCUCGAAGGAACUUCUGAUUCCUGCCCCUACUACGACGAAAUCAUACUCCCCACCCUUUCCGAAGUUUCAGGAUCGAAGUCGUCGGCCUUCGAUAACGAGUUCGCCCUUGAUGUAGUCGGGCGCCUCUGCAACACCAUCCUUCGGAAGCAGACCGUGGAGUUCCAGAAGGACAAGAUUGCCCCGGAGACAUAUACCUUGUUUUCGGGCGAAGCUCUGGACAACGUACCGCCUUUCAGUACCACCUCCUCUCCUGAAAGGAGGAGAAAAAUGAUCGUCUCCACACAUAUUCUUGCAGCACUCCGCCGCGAAGCUGCCCCUAUUGCGGAUUCCCGAAAGCUUCUCACCGCCCUGAUGGAUUUCGCGGUAUUGGAGGACAUUCCUCCGCGCGUCCGUCUGACAAUAAACUCUCAGAUCUCCCUUGUGGCCAACAAGUUCAUCCCUUCAGCUGAAAUCAAGGACACAAUGAACAGCAUCUUCUUCGAGCCACAGCAUUUACUAUCCGCAGAGAAGCUUGAUGACAAAAACAUCCGUGUCAUUUUCGCGAUCAUCAAGGGCCUAGCUCUCCGCAACGCUCCUAUUCUCAACACCGUCCUCCCGUCACUCCUUGAGCUUCUCAAGGAUGCCAAGCAUGGUCUUGCGGUAGCCCGCGGCUUUUCUACUAUUCUGGCCCCACACGACCUCUUGACGAAGGAAAACUACUGCACGGUAUCCGGGUUGCACAAGCAGAAGGUGUUCAAUCUUCUCGUACCAGCAAUCGCUUCCUCAUUCAAGGCUGCGGACCAGGCAACUAAAACCAAUUAUUUGAUUGGUCUAUCUGGCAUCUUACGCUGGAUCCCAUACGCAAUCAUUGAACCGGAACUAUCGCAGCUGACCCCCUUACUCCUGCAGUGCCUGGACCUGCAGCAAUCUCAAGCUCCACAAGGCCAGCAGCAGCAGUUCGACGAUGUCAAGAAGGCUACCGUCGACACUUUGAUCGCAGUCUUGACCCACGAACCCAAGGCACUCGAGGAACAUGCCGCUAGCUUGAUCACCCGUCUUCUCAAUACGGCAAGUGCUGCGUCAGCCAAGAACAAGGCUGCUGCCGUUCCACCGAGUAACAGCCCGGCCCUUCGUGCAGCCGCGCUCAAGUGCCUCGCCCUUAUUCCCGAGAGACUGCGUGGCGAGAUAGUACUGCCCUUCAAGCGGCAGGUUGUCAAGAAGCUAACAGCGGCCCUCGAUGACGGUAAGAGAGCGGUUAGGCUCGAGGCGGUCAAGUGUCGUGCGGCUUGGUUAGGUAUGGACGAGGUAGAUGAUGAUGACGAGUAA